GAAAAAAAAAAGUUUUAGAAGAGUUUCCAUGGAUGAUGAUCUUAGAUCAGUGAAGAUACUGGAGGUCUGUAGAGUGGCUCCUCCGGUGGAGGAUUCACCUGCGCCCUCGUCUCUUCCACUUACCUUCUUCGACCUUCUAUGGCUGCGGUUCCAUCCGACCCAACGUCUUUUCUUCUACGAAUUAUCGUCCACUGAUAUUUCCUUUCUUGACGCCAUUGUUCCAAAGCUUAAAACCUCUCUCUCUCUUAUUCUUCGCAACUAUCUUCCUCUUGCUGGCAACCUCGUUUGGCCUCAAAACUCCCCUGCCCCCACCCUUGAGUUUGUCGAAGGUGAUGGCGUUUUUCUGACGGUGGCCGAGUCCAAUGCGGACUUUUACCAUCUCUCCGGCAAUGGCUUUCAUGAUGUUACUGAAUAUCAUUCUCUUGUCCCGCAGUUGUCUGUGUUCCAGGAUCGUGCUGCAGUGGUUGCUCUUCAGGUGACUUCAUUUCCAAAUGGAGGGUUUUCCAUUGGAAUAACCAACCACCAUGCAAUUAUGGAUGGAAAAACCUCGACUUCGUUUGUCAAGUCAUGGGCUCGUAUUUGCCAUAAUCUCGACACCGUCGGAGGAUCGACAAUGGAGGUGACGCCGUUGUACGACAGGUCAGUUAUCGACGACGCGGCAGGUCUGUCCGAGAUUUACGCAAACGUAUGGCUGAACUCAGAAGGACCCAACAACAGGAGCUUGAACCUUAAACUACCCAAAACCCCACCUGGUUUAAUCCGAUGCACUCUUGAAUUCACCCCCAAAAACCUGCAAAAGCUAAAACAAUGGGUUUUGAAGAAGCGAGAGAACAAUAAGGAGAAUGAUGAGCACGUAUCUUCAUUUGCUUUGGCAACUGCUUACCUUUGCGUAUGCACCGCCAAAUCUGAAGGCUUAAGAGAUGGAAAGUUUUUGUUCUCAUUUGGUGCUGAUGCAAGGUCUCGAUUGAAGCCGCCGGUGCCUUCAAAUUACUUCGGUAAUUGUUUGGUUGCUGCUUUUGUUUCCAUGGAAAGAAGUGAGCUUUUGGGUGAAAAUGGAAUAGUUGUGGCUAGCGAGGCAAUCUCAGAAGAAAUUAGAAAUUUGGGAGAAAGAGGAUUAAAGGGGGCAGAGAAUUUGUGCUCAUCAAUGGCUGCAAUGAUUAGUAGUGAUUAUUCUCAAGAAACAGGCAUUAUUUCAAUUGCUGGGUCACCUAGAUUUGAAGUUUAUAGUGCAAAUUUUGGGUGGGGAAAGCCAAGAAAGGUGGAAAUGGUGUCGCCUGAGUCGACAUCAGUUUUUCUGUUCACUGAUAGUGGAAAUAGUGAUGGGGGAAUGGAGAUUGGAGUGGUUAGGGAGAGAAAUGAAAUGGAAACUUUCGUUGCUCUAUUUGCUGAAGGUUUUGAGUGUCUUUGAAAUCACAGGAUUGGCAAACGCAAUUAUUAGUGUUGUUUUACA